GGGGGGGUUUCGACGUUCGGUCCUCGUCGUCGCCAAGCGCGACCAAUCACACGAGCCGUCUACGCGCGAACACUUUACAAAUCCCCUACGCCGCUCCAACAGCAGCAAACGCCAACCUGCAGGAGACAACACAGCAAAGAAAGGAGGAAGAAUUUCCAAUUUACCGUUCUGUCGGCGCCGUCUAGGUCAUGUGAGUGGACGGCCAUGAGGGUCUGCUGCAAGCUGCACCCUGCAACGUCUCAAGACAUGGCCAGAACGGGUAAGGAGGUUGACCUGAAGGCCGAUUGUGGCAGUCUGGCGCUUGUUGUUCCUCGUCCUUUUCUUGAGAGGGUCUGGGUACAGGACCCGGAUGCCACGAUGGUGAUGACAGGACCCGAAAAUCGGGUGGUUGUCGAUGAGGCAGGUGGGAAUAGGCGUCCCGGGAGAACGGUCACGGCGGCUAUGGUGUUUGGACCCUCUGGGCGAAAUCCCACCUGUCCGGGAUUUGGAAGGCGUGUAACCUGUGAGAGAGGGCCUCGAAAGACGGUCUGGACGAAGGGCGAUCAAACGCGGUUGGGCCUAGCGAGGCAUACUUUUGACGACGUGGCGAAAUUUUCUGGCAGUGGUAAUGCUGGAGGUGGUAUGGCGGGAAGACGAAGCAAGAUACGCCGUUGA